AUGGAAGACACAAGAAAGGGUUUGACGUGCAAACUCGACGGGGAUGAAAAAUUGAGAGGCGUGAUGUUACACAUGUUUAGAGAGAGAGGUGGGGUGAGGGAGAGGGUUCCUAUCUCCGACUUUAGAAAUGGAACGAAAAUUGAAAACGAUGGCCUAGUCUUCUCAGUUAUCAUCUGUUCAUCCUUAUCCUUUGAUGCAACAUGGCGAGCUGAUGGAGGAAAAAUUAAAACAAAGGGAACAAUCUUCUUGUCAAAUAUUCGGAUGGUCUUUGUUGCAAAUAAGCCUGUUGAGAACUUCACUGCUUUUGAUAUGCCCCUGCUUUAUGUGCAUGGGGAAAAAUUCAAUCAACCAAUAUUCUUCUGCAACAAUAUAUCUGGAAAUGUAGAGCCAGUUGUUCCAGAUGAUCACCAUAGGGCUCUCUACUCCACUCAGUCAUUCAAGAUUCUGUUUAAGGAAGGAGGUUGUGGAACUUUUGUCCCGCUAUUUUUUGCGUUACUUGCUUCCGUGAGAGAAUAUAAUAGACAGACUGGUUCGGGGCCAGAGCCUCGAUCAGAUCCUUUACAAGCAGCACAAACUCCAGUUGAUGAAAUGAUGAGACAUGCAUAUGUUGAUCCUAAUGAUCCCACAAGAAUCUUCUUGCAGCAGCCGACAUCAGAGUCUCAGUUGAGGCGCCGCACAUACCAGUCCCAACCUGUUGAUCAUUCUCUGUGA